GGGGGAACGCGGUUCUGCGGGCAUCGCGCUGCUUUCGCGCCACUCGUUCAACGCCGUUCAUUGGGAAUGCCAGGCCGCGCGCUACUUCGCUACGCUAGCAGCCCGGUCGUUGCCGCUGCCGCAACUGUUCGCGAUAAGUGCAAAAUGACCGAAGAGUUACCGAUCCUCAAAGGAAUACUCAAUGGAGUUGUCAACUAUCACAAUGCACCGGUCAGAUUUGGUCGGGUGCCCAAAAGAGAAAAGGCUCGCAUUUUAGCAGCCAUGCAACAAAGUUCAAAUUCACGCACCCUGGAAAAAGCUGUAGCAGCCGAGCUCGAUGACGAGCAGAGGCUUUUGGCUACAGUGGUGCGAGCUCACAUCGACACGUGCGAUUUCACUAGAGAUAAAGUGGAACCCAUGCUACAACGUGCCAGAGAGCAACCGUCCUAUACAGCUUGCCCACCAACUUUGGCUUGUCCCCUAAAUCCCAACCCUCAACCACUAACUGGCCAACAAGAAUUGCUUCAGGACUUCUCCAAGAGAUUUUCACCAGCCAUUCGCGGAGUCGUCGAGUUUGCCAAGCGCAUUCCAGGAUUCUCCUUGUUGUCUCAGGAUGACCAAGUUACUCUUCUCAAGGCGGGUGUUUUCGAAGUGUUACUUGUGCGACUCGCGUGUAUGUUUGAUAAUCAAACCUCCAGUAUGAUCUGUUUAAAUGGACAAGUGUUAAAAAGAGACUCAAUACACAAUAGCUCUAACGCCCGAUUCCUUAUGGACAGUAUGUUCGAUUUCGCCGAUCGUAUGAAUUCUUUGAGAUUGUCGGACGCGGAAAUUGGAUUAUUCUGCUCUGUGGUGGUAAUCGCAGCUGAUCGUCCAGGCUUAAGAAAUACCGAAUUGAUUGAAAAGAUGCAAAACAAGCUAAAGCAUUGCCUACAAGCUGUGGUUACUCAGAACCAUCCAGGCCAGCACCAUAUUUUAGAUGAAUUGAUGAAGAAGGUUCCAGAUCUCAGAACUUUGAAUACACUCCACUCUGAAAAGUUGUUGGCAUUCAAAAUGACAGAGCAACAACAAAUGAUGCAACAGCAACAGCAUCACUUAUGGGGCUCUCCUUCAGAGGAAGAUUGUAAUAACAGUAAAAGCCCAGCGGCAUCUUCGUGGUCGUCAUCAUCUGACGUAACAAUGGAUGAAGCUAAGUCACCUUUGGGCUCUGUAUCCAGUACAGAAUCCAUGUGCUCUUCAGAAAUGAUCUCAAACGACUACCACCAUGCGACAACGCAUCAUCAUGUUAGUGCAAAUGCCGCUAGCGCUCCUCUUUUGGCCGCCACCCUAGCAGGUGGUCUUUGUCCUCAUAGACAUAGAGCUAAUUCUGGAUCCACGUCUUCUGGAGAUGACGAACUCGCAGCCGCAUCACACUUGAUUCACAACGGGCUUACGAUAACCCCAGUAUCCAGGCCGCCAGUUACACAUAGAUUUAGAAAAUUAGAUUCACCUAGUGAUUCAGGCAUCGAAUCUGGCACCGAAAAAAUUGACAAACCAACUUCUGUAUGCUCCAGUCCUAGAUCGUCCAUACAUGAUCAUCAUAUUGUUGAAGAUAUGCCUGUAUUAAAGCGGGUAUUACAAGCGCCACCACUCUAUGAUACUAACUCUUUAAUGGAUGAAGCCUACAAACCACACAAAAAGUUUAGAGCCUUAAGAAACAAAGAUUCCGCCGAGGCCGAGCCAGCUGUUAUACUGUCUCCUCAACCAACACCAGUAUCACAUCUGCAAAUGCAACUGUCAGCACCACCUCAAUCGUCGCUGUCAAGUUCGCACUCCAUGUUAGCCAAAAGCUUGAUGGAAGGGCCUAGAAUGACUGCCGAACAGAUGAAAAACACCGAAGUGAUACACAGUUACAUUAUGCGUGGUGAAGCGGUACCCCAAGCAUCCCCCCACGUGACCGCCUCACCCACUGCGUGCCCAUACAAAACCAAUGGCUUAUUACAACCAGCUUGGGCUACUAGCGUAAUCACCAGUGCACGAUCAGCUUCGGCUAGUCCAAUGCACCUACAGUCGCCACACUCGACCUCUCCUGCGCCGUCAAGGUCACCACUUCCUCCUCGACUUAUGGAACUACAGGUGGAUGUAGCGGAUUCGCAGCAACCCCUAAAUCUAUCUAAAAAAUCGCCGUCGCCUUCACCGAGGCCGAAAGUGGUGACGCUCGAAGUGUAGGCUGUUUCUAGGGCCUGACUACACAGUACAAAGUGGAGUGCUUGUGUCCGCGGUAAGAGACUGUCAGCCUUGCCGUGCGGUCGUUUUGGUGCCACUUUAAUCUAAUAUUUGAAACCAAAAAAAAAUCGUAUUUGCUGUAUAUUCAUCUCUACUUCGCUGUCUAUAUCUUUCUAUGUUGAUGAUAUGUGUGACCAUGUUUGUAGUUUAGCUGACUCAUUAUUGUAGGAUUCUUCAAACUCAACAUAGAUACACGCACGUGCUUAAAACUGUGUAAAGCUCUCUUCGCCACUAGCGGCGGAGAAACAAAUUUAUUCCGCACAACAAUACAGCGAAACACGUGCGUCGUGCGUGUAUUAAUGUUGAGUUGGGUGAACUCUAAGUAUAACCUAUUUACUUUUUUCUUCCCUUCUCCCGCCAUUAGCGGACCUCCGUUGCCCUUUGUGUACAUAGCGGACCAAAACGGAUGUCUCGCUUCCUUUUUCCGUAGGUAAUUAGGAAUAUUUCUCAUCCAAACAAUCACUAAUUUAAACUAUAGAUAAAUUAUUAAUUAAUUAUUAUUGUGUACAUGUAAAAUUAUGACUAAUUUUGGCAUCGGCACCCAAUCAAUCCUAUAUUAUUAUAGAUUUAUUAUAUUAUUUUGUUAAUAUAUAUGUGAUAAAUUGAUUUGUAGGAUUAUACAUAAUAUUUAUGACUAAGUUUGUGUUAAAAUAUUCGCGUAUCUCAGUUUGUAUAAAGUCAUAAGAAAAUAAUUUUUCGUUCACCACCCAUCAUCCUUUCAUUGUCAAUCAUCAUUUAUUAAAUUGUAUCGCCACUCUUUUCAUUUAGAUUAGGUGCGAGUUGAUUAGGAGACAUGAGACUGAGAGGGGAUGCCCCCAUGUUACGUACUAGGCCCCCCCAUCAGGAGGGACAACUCACCGUUUGGGGCGCCCCUCAUUGUUAGUCCCCUGCUCGCGAAUUUAGGACGUGAAUAGUUCUGCCCUCAAUUCUAUUUAUUAUUAUUAUUAUUAAUAUUGUAUUGUAGCAAAGAGAUUCAUACAUACAUACACACAGACCUACAUACAUGCAUGUCAGACAUGUUAAUUAAUAUUUAAUAAAUACUGUUAAGUAAGUGAAACUUCAUUAAAUGUAACUUCUUUGGGGUAUUCGACUAGUCUUGCUUCAAAAGUCGUCUCAGCACCCGGAGGUUUCUCUAUCUCUGUCUUUAUCAGUGUGAAACUUUUGUAAAUUUGAAGCUUGUUGAGGCAGACAGAAUAAAACAUGUCUUGGUGAUAUAAUUAUUGAA